AUGGCACCUACGCUUUUCAGAGGAAGCCGAAAAUCCGGCUCGUUUCCGCUUGACAGGUCAAGCGGGACCAACGCUUUGUCAACGUCAUGCGGACAGAAGACGAUCGAACUAUCGCAUCCGUGUCCUUUGCCACCAAAGACUCAUUCUGGUACAGGUCCAUUUUUGGGCAUGAACCACCCACAGACUUGGCAAGACUUGGCAAGCCAGGGACGCUACCGUCAACUGGUCUUCAACCUCAUCUUCCGCAUGGGAUUCACUCAUAGAGCAGCCGCAGGAUUCGUCAAGCCCUGUUAUGAUCCUGAAGCAGUGGCCAACGAGGACGACGAAGACGACGGCAACGACAACGACGACGUCGAGUGGUGUGACCAUCGUCAUCAAAUCAUAUUGGUCGGACAGCAAGACAGGAACGACGCUGGUUUUUGUUGUUGCUAA